AUGGCGUGGCCGAGAGACGCGCAAGAUGUAAACGAGUCAACUGCGCGGACGCCAGCUAGACCGACUGGACUGUCACACAAUGACGUACACGGCGGUAAUAUCAUGUUCGGGUCGUUUAUGGACCACCCCGAGCAUGGUAGGACCCCUAUCUUGAAGCUAUUGGAUUUUGGACUGGCAACGCGCAUUUCUUCAUACCACGACGAUGGGACAGGAGAGCAACGAAAUAUUUUGGACAUAGGCAUAAUGAUGGCUACGAUUAUCGGACUUCAAACUGACAGAAAAUACACGGGAGAAGAAAUCGAAGUCGAUCUAUCCGCGCUUAACCGUUCUGAAAUUGUGCUGUCGCCGGCCUCCAAUCUAUUAGAAGACAGAGAUAUGGGUACCCCAGAUCCGUUUCCACAGGUUGAUCUACACCUUCGACUUAUCACCGCCGCAUGCAUGGCUAGUGACCCCGGCGAGCGUCCAAGUCUGGCUGAGCUAGAGAAUUGGGUUGUUAAUGGGAUCUCCUAUGGUGCGGACAAGUACGGUAAUAUAACCCUUGAGAGAGACAAUACUAUACGCAAAAUUGUGCAGCAAUUCAUAUUUAACGCUUGA